AAAAGUUGUUUUCAAUUUCUGACGAAGCCAUAGCGCACAGAACUGCACCGAAGAGCCCGCGAGCAAUGGGAAAUAUGUAUAAAUAGACAGGAUCGCAUAUCUGUUGUCAAAUGAGCAUUGCACCUCUGUCUACCAACAUCGUGUACCUCAAACAUCUUAGGAUUCUUGACUUACAAACUGUAUAUAGCUAAACAUUUCCAUCGAAAGCUAUAAUCAGUCUACUGUACGUUUGCUCCAUCGCUUUAUACUUCUGAAUAUACUUUCUUCGUCGAGGACACACCUGAUCUUCUAAUUUUACAAGAUGAAUAUCUUCCAGAUCCAGCUUCUGCUUCUUGAACUCAUGGUUUUCAUCUCGCUGUCGAUUGCAAUCGCUCCGCAGCGAGGAUGGCCUCUCAACAUAGUCCCCGGUGACCUUCCAACCACAGACCUACCCGCACCGGCCAGGGAUCAGCAGGACGUCCAGGAGACCCUCGAUGAACUCGAACGAGAGACUUUCCGAAAAAUCACCGAACACGAGCUGACCAGAGACAACCGACAGUAUACCCCUCACAAGUGCUGCAAAAUCGGCAAGAAGGUCGCCGACAAGGGUCUCUUCUGUACCAUCGAUCUCAUGCAAGUUGAGAAGAAGAACAACCAGGUCUACAGACGGAAGAUGAAGUUCCUCGAUUCUGUGCGACAGGAUUCCGACGUGGCCUACAAAUCCUUGAUGACCAAGGUCGAGAAGUGCUACCCCAACAAGGCCUCAAGGUCAAUGUUCAGCAAGUGUUGCGAGUGGCAACUGCAGAUCAACACAGACGUCGACAACUGCAAAUACCUGGAGUCAAGAGAGGCCAGGAGAGAGUGCAAACAAAGAGUGAGGGCGCGGGACGCAUAGGUGAUACUGUCUUGAAGAUAUCCAUGCAAAGACUCAAAGACUUGAGAACAGACAUUGUUGUAAAUUGUACAUUCAGCUAUAACCAGACUAUCGCGUUCUUCCAUAUUUUGAAGCAGAGUGAUGGAGGUGAGAUGCACUACUGUAAGAUCGUGAUGUAUGAAACAAAGGUUCUGCAUUUUGUAACAUUUGCCCUUGUCAUGGUGACUCCAAGCUGUCAGUGCCUUCAGUGAAUAUUAAGUUAUUAUAUUGUCCAUGUCGUUGAUUGCGACAUAGAACUUUCAAAUCCCCGCAGAAAUAGGGUUCAGAGCUUUCUGCACUAUAACGUCAGGUUGAAUUUAGAAUGAAGUAUUUCCAUAAGCUCCAAACAGCGCCAUGAUGAUAAAGAGUGACUUACUAACUCAGUUAUCAUUAUUUGAAAAUACGCGUCUAUAUAACAGGUUCAAUCCAAUACAAUAGAAUAUCAACAAUAAUCAUAGUUAUAAUGUGGGCAUCGUUUGGGAGGUGGCGAUAUGUUCCAUGAGUUAUUAAAGGUACUUUGUUUUCGUU